AAUGCUGUACAAAUUGUCGUCAUUGCCCAUCGCGUACUAUAAAUUAGCUAGGGUUAAAGAAAUAUUGCGUUAAGCUUUUCAGCCGUGGCUCCAUGUAUGCCAAUGGUUUAACUUAGAAUACCACCUGAAAGAACCCUUCGAAAAUGUCUUUCUGGGGGAUUGAAGUAAAACCUGGAAGACCAGUCACUCAUUACUUUGAUCCGACGAGAGGAAGGCUUCGAAUUUCUCAGGCAACAUUGGGCAUUGGUGAUGGGGUAGCGAAGAGCUUGGUUCAGUGCAAUGUGGGGAAUAAGACUCCUGUGUUUCUGUGUGCUUUGUUGCCUGACAAGACGGAGUGUUGCCAUUUGGAUUUGGAAUUUGAGGAGGCUGAUGAUGUGAUAUUUUCUGUUCUUGGACCAAGAAGUGUCUAUCUAACCGGUUACUAUGUUGGUAAGAGUUUGCAUAGAAAUGACAGCGAUACGGAAUCAUAUGGGGAGGAUAUUGCCAACACAGACAAUGAAGUAUCCAAUCAGUGCAGUGAUGAAGAUGAUUAUGAGGAUAGCUUUAUCAAUGACGACGAUGAUCCAGUGGCUUUCCCAUCUUCGCCUGCUCCGAGUGAUGGUGAUGGUGAUGGUGAUGGUGAUGGUGAUGGUGAUGGUGAUGGUGAUGGUGAUGGUGAUGGUGAUGGUGAUGGUGAUGGUGAUGGAGAUGGAGAUGGAGAUGGAGAAGGCAAACAUCUAGAAAACAGAAAAGGCAACCGCAAAAGACGUAAGAAGAAACACAAAAUAGUAAUUGAAUCUGAAGAAGAUAACAGUUCACAAGAAAGUGAAGAUGAAGACGAUUGUUACUUGUCUGCAUCUAUCAGUAAAAUACCUACAAAGAAAUACUAUAUAUUUGAGUCUGACGAUGAUAACAAUGCACAUGAAAACAAAGGAGAAGAAAGUUGUCUCUUGUCUGAAUUUAAAAAUAAAACACAUGCAAAGGCAACUUCUUCAAAAUGCAGAGAAAAAAGUGGUAAUGUAACAGAUGAGGCUGCUUGUCAGGCAGAAAAUGGUGGAAGUGAUGAAGAUGGUAGAGAGGAAAAUGUUGAUGCUGUGGAUAUGACAAGUAUGAGUAACAUUAGCAAGGAUCAAUUAAGUGGCAUAGACAAACGCAUUUUAGCACCAGAACAUGAUUCUGUGACUGGAAAGAUCGCAAUGCCUAGCAAGUGUGAAGAUGCAAAGUCUCCUGAGGUUGCUGUCAGUGACCAGGGGGACAUGUUCACAAGUCUUAAUACGGGGCAACUCACUGACUUUGACAAGGAGCACCAAGUUCAUGUUGGAACUGAACAUGUUCAGAAAGUUGCAAGCGACAUGGAUACUGUUGAUCAUUCUGAUUCUUUAGCACCCCCUACUGAAGAGCAGGUUGAAAAUAGUCCAAAAUUAACAAAAAAUGGAAGUGACAGAAUGGGACUGCAUGAAUGCAAAGAUUCCAGUCCUGGUGAUGCUGUUGAAGAGGUCAAGCAAGUUUCUGAGGCUACUGAUAUGGAUGAGGAUUUACUGGCAACAACUGAAGAUAACAAUGUGUUAACUAGCACCCAGAAUAUUGUUGAUGAUUCUGAUUCUUUAGAACCUGCUCCUGAAGUUAAAGAUGAAAAUGGCCCAAAAUUGAAGAAAAGGAAAAAAGGGAGGGAUGGAGUGAAGCUGAAUGAAUGCAAAGAUUCCGGUCCUGAUGCUGCUGCUGAAGAGGUCAAGCCAGUUGUGGCUACUGAUAUGGACACAGAUUUACUGGCAACAACUGAAGAUAACAAAGUGCUAUCUAGCAUCCAGAACGUUGUUGAUAGUUCAGAUUCUUUAGAAACCCAUGCUGAAGAGCAAGCUGAAUGUGGUCCAAAAUUGAAGAAAAGGAAAAAAAGGAGUGAGGGAGUGAGGAGGCUGAAUGAAUGCAAAGACUCUAGUACCAGUGAUUCUCUUGAAGAGGCCAAGCAGGUUGAUGAGGCUACUGAUAUUGACAAGGAUUUACCGGCAAUGACUGAAGAUAACGAAGUGCUAACUAGCACCAGAAGUAUUGAUGUAAAUUCUGAUGGAUGCCAACUUGAGAAGAAACAAAAGAAAAAGAAGAAAAAGAAGACCAAAGUUAAGGAUGCUGAAACUAACAGUAUGCUUGAGUCUGAUAGGACCGCAAAUGAAAUAUUUGCCAAAUCUCAGGACAUGGAUCUGAAUCCAGAGUCCUCUCAAGUGAGGACCUUGUCAAAUGGAUUGACUAUUGAAGACCUAGCAAAGGGUAAAGAAGAUGGAAAAGUUGCUAUUCCAGGAAGAAAGGUGAAAGUUUACUAUACUGGCAAGCUAAAGGAGAAUGGACAUGUUUUUUGCUCCAAUGUUGGUGAAGCUCCUUACAAAUUUUGCCUAGGUGACGAACAAGUUCUCAAAGGAUGGAACAUUGGACUUGAAGGUAUGCGUGUUGGUGACAAAAGGAGACUUACCAUCCCUCCAGCAAUGGGAUAUGGCAGUGAAGGACUUGAGGAGGAUGUACCACCAAACUCAUGGUUGAUCUAUGACGUUGAAUUGGUUGGAGUCCGUGGAUGAUUUUGCUGCUUUGCUUUGCUUGGCUUGGUUUGGCUUUUCUGUUAAUUUUGUAUCAAAAACCCCAACUGAAUUUUGUUCUUCAGGGUUUUGAGUUGACUACAACAACAGAUUUUGUUUUCCAAUAUUUUGUUUAUAGUUACUCCGUAUAUAACUAAAUGGAGUUAAUUCAAAUUUUUUGUCUUAGAUUUAUAAGUGG